AUGGAUUACGUCGAAGAUCAAUCCCUUAUUGACAGUGAAAGAGAAUAUGUUGAGUUUCUUGAUGAAUCGGAUGUUUACAAAGAUCGUAUAAUUGAUGUGAUUAAUAAAAACAAGUCGCGUUUAAUAAUCAACAUAAACGAUCUUCGCCGAGAAAAUCCGAAAAGAACUGAACAACUUUUGUCUAAUUCAUUCGCUGAAUUGCUCGCGUGCCAACGUGCUAUUAAAAGGUGUAUCCAAAAUGCUGAUCCUGAUUUCGCUCUCAAGCAUGCCGAAUUCUUCGUGGGCUUUGAGGGGAGCUUUGGAGCCCUACAUGUCUCUCCGCGGACGCUUUCGUCGAGCCUCCUGGGCCGCAUGGUCUGUGUCGAAGGAAUUGUUACCAAAACAUCCGUUGUGAGACCCAAGAUUGUAUGUAGUGUCCAUUACUGCCCCGCAACAAAGAAAACCGUUGAGCGGCGCUAUGCUGAUAUGAGCAGUCUUGACGCCUUUCCCUCUGCGGGUGCCUACCCAACUAAAGAUGAAAGUGGCAACUUGUUGGAAACCGAGUAUGGACUUUCGGUUUAUCGAGAUCACCAAAAAAUCACCAUCCAAGAAAUGCCAGAAACUGCUCCAGCCGGUCAGUUACCAAGGACCGUUGAUGUCCUGCUCGAUAAUGAUCUAGUUGAUACCUGCAAGGCUGGUGAUCGCAUUCAAGUUGUCGGGCAAUUCCGUUGUCUUCCUGGUAAAAAGAACGGAUAUACCUCUGCGAGUUUCCGUACUGCACUUAUCGCGAACAACAUUCAACUCUUUAAUCAACAGUCAGAGCCUACCUUUUCAGAUAAGGACAUUGGCAUGAUGCGGCUAAUUUCUAAGCGCCAUGAUAUCGUGGAUUUGUUGGCUCGCUCGUUAGCGCCGUCCAUCUAUGGUCAUCACUACAUAAAGCAGGCGAUCCUUUAUUUGCUCCUGGGUGGUGUCGAACGACUUUUGCCAAACGGUUCACGUAUAAGAGGCGACAUCAAUUUGCUCCUUUUGGGGGAUCCUUCUGUCGCUAAGUCGCAGUUUCUGCGAUUCGUUCUUCAUGUCGCUCAUCUGGCCAUCCCGACGACAGGUCGUGGCUCCUCAGGCGUUGGCUUAACUGCUGCCCGUCAACUUGAGGCCGGUGCAAUGGUCUUGGCAGAUCGUGGUAUUGUUUGUAUCGACGAGUUCGACAAAAUGUCAGACACAGACCGCACUGCGAUUCACGAAGUCAUGGAACAGGGUCGUGUGACAAUUGCAAAAGCUGGUAUUCAGGCGCAGUUGAAUGCCAGGUGCUCUGUUCUGGGGGCUGCGAAUCCUGUUUACGGUCGUUAUGAUCAGUACAAAACACCAAUGGAAAAUAUAGGCCUGCAGGAUUCACUCCUCUCCCGCUUCGAUCUCCUAUUCUUGGUGUUGGAUAAGGCGGACCCUGAAAGUGAUCGUGGUAUUGCCGAACACGUACUUCAAGCACAUCAAUAUCGUGCACCAGGUGAGCAGGAGGGUGAAGCUAUGCCUCUGCAGGACGGUAGUGUCCUCCUUGCCACUUGUAACAUGGAUCCCAACACGAUCGCCGAAGCCGGUUCUGCAAACGAUAUUGACGCAGAAGAAAGACGCAAAGAAUCCGCUGACCAGGUUUUUGAAGAUCAGUGUGGUUUUGGUGGUGGUGUAAAAGGCUCCAGAAACACUGAAUACUUCACUAUAAGCUUCCUGAAGAAGUAUAUUCACAUCGCUCGUCAGCUGCGCCCUCAGCUGAGCAAGGAGGCGGCGACCAUUAUUUCAGAAAAGUACUGUGACUUGCGAAUGCAACAGGAUGCCGAAAACUCAACCAUGCGUCGCACACAACCAGUCACUGCUCGUACCUUGGAAACCCUUAUUCGUCUAGCUACGGCAAACGCCAAGGCUCGAAUGUCCAAAACAGUUACAAAAAAAGAUGCCGAUGCUGCAGUGGAUCUAAUUUCUUUCGUUCUCUUUAAAGAGGUGCUGGAGAAGUCUCGUCGAAAGAGACCCCGUGCUUCCACUGAGGGUGGUGAGAGCGAUGAAUCCGGCGAAGAAUCUGCCCCUGAUAGGGAUAUUAGUGCGGCACGCAAACCACGCAAGAGGGCACCAACUGCGCCACAGGGAACCUUUGAGUCAUCGCAGAGCGGCAGCGACCCCUACAACUUCGAUGCAGUGGAUAUGGAUCUUGGAGAUGAGAAACCAGGUACUAGCGGACCUCAACUCUCUGAAUCGCGUCUCCGUAUGCUCUCCACUCUCGUCAGUCGGGCCUUCCAGGAGCGCCGUGUCGAACAGCUUCCAAUUCCUGAAGUUGUCGCGUUUGUUACGGAGCAGACGUCAGAGUUCACGCGAGCUGACAUCUUGGCUGGAUUGAACGCAAUGCAUGACUCGAAUCGCCUUAUGGUCACAAACGACGACGUCUGGCUUAUUUAA